GCUUUGCUAUAAAUGCAGGAGGGAUUGCAGCAGGCUUGAGCUACACGGUGUUUCUGUCUCAGUAGACAACGUGUUUCCUCCUACGUUUUCUGUUUAGAGGGGGCUCAGCUGAACAAGCCCUGCUCUUGAAUUUUGCUAUCGUAGAGCACCGCCAUGCGGGAACCAGGCUGGACCUGCCAGAGUCUGCUGCAACAGCCUGGGCAGCCCUGAGCAGAAGUGACGAGUUCUGUCCUCGGGGAUGAUUUACAAAUAAAAUAAGCUGCUCUGAUGACAACCGGCAGAGCUGGGUGUUCCAAUACAUCAGCGUGUUCCUCGGUGAAAGCAUUCAAGGAAUUAAACUGAAUUUCCAGAGGGAUGGAGCCUGCCUCUACAAGCCUCCUUUGAAGAGAACACAGUUUUGAUCGCUUUGGAGAGCUGGGGAAAUGAGGCGUCCCCGACCUUUCCCAGAGCUUCCUUGGAACUUCAUGAGGAAAAAAAAAAAAAUCUUAACACGGCGGUGUAGCCGGGAGCCGGUUCCCGGUGGGGAUAAGCCCGACAGAAACCCAAAUGCCACCGGCCCCCGCUUUCCCGGCGGCGCUUGGAUGCGCCUGAUGCCGCAGGCGAGCAGGUCCGGCGCCGGGGACCGGGGGAGAGGCCGGGCUGAGGCGCUGCCCGGGUCCGCGUGCGGGGCCGGGUGUCGCCCGCGGCGGGGAGCGCCGGAGGGUCCGGCGGGCAACCGGACGCCUCCGAACACAGGCAGUUGCCUCCGGGGUGGGCGGCGAUCUCGAGGGAGAGAAGGCGCCGCCCGAAUUUCCCCGGCUGCUUAUGGUGGGCGCGGGGCGAGGGAGCCAUUCGCCUUCCCCGGGCCUCCCGGAGCAGCUCGGCUCGCAGGCCGGAGCGGCGGGCGGAGCCGCCCCGGGGCCCCCCGCGGGCGGUAGGAAGAAAAGUUCUCUGGAAGCAGUUGCCAGUUGGGGGUGUGGCCAUGGGAGCUGCUGCAGAGUUUUCAGUUGAGACACUAAAACCUGAAAGCUGACAGGAAGAUCAUCAGUACCUGUGUCCUAAGUUACAAACAGCUGGGGAAAUAGGUGAGCUAGUGUUUUGGUUAGAACAAGGUGUUGGACGAGACAUUAUGUUGGUAAGUACUGUGUCUGCUGUUAAAUAAUGGCUUUAGUAGUUACCCAGGGGAGUUGCCUGACUGAAGAGUGAAAAAGGGGUCAUGUGGUGACAGAUCUCCUUUGCAGCGGGAAGUGCUUGAGAUGUUUCUCCUUCACCUGCGCCUCAAGACUUUGAUAGCUUGUAAGCAGAGGCAGCUUCAGAAGUUUUUUGAUGAUUGCUUUCUUCCUUCAGUGUUCAUUUUUUGAUAGAAGCUGUUAUGAUAGCUUAUUUGUGCUGUUAGCACUUUUACCUCGGGCUUGUUCUGUUUGUUGGUUUCUGAGCACGCAGUCUCUCUUGUUAAAAGUUCAGUUUGUCUUCCCAAGACAGGUUUGGAAAAGUUAGCAUAAACCUGCUUUAGAUGAUUUUUGGUUUUCUUGUGUGUUGCUUCAUAUGCUCCUGUGUGUUGAUUCAAAUACAGUGGCCUGGAAGAGGAUGCAAUCAGAUGGAUCAUUUGAAGAUAAAACUUGCAAAAGCUCCAUGAAUCUCCAUGAGACUGUCUACACCAUUGACUUACAGGGAAAGAAAUGCUCUUGGUUUUGUUUGAAUUUUGGGAUAAUUUGUUUGCUUGGUUGGUUUUGUUUUUGUGUGUGUGUGUUUAUUUUAUUUUGUUGGGGGCACAGUAUCUUGGUAGCACAGUAGCACAGUAUCUUGGUUUGUUCAUCUGUGUAUGUUAACAUUAAGGUUAUUUAGUAGCACAGUAGCACAGUAUCUUGGUUUGUUCAUCUGUGUAUGUUAACAUUAAGGUUAUUUUACUUAAAAGCAUGAGAAGUUUGGUUUUGCUUUGUGUAUGAUGUGAGGUAUUCUGCCUUGGCUCCCUGGUUAAAUGCAUUUUAGGAAUGGGCUCAAAUCUUCUUGAAUACAGAAGAUUUAUCCCUUUGAUAUCUGUAUCCCUUUGAUACAGACAGCUUUCCCUGCAGAUGUUUGCACUGUUUCAGCUAAAUCAGUUGAAGUGUGCCCUGUGUGUUGAGGAGGAGUUUAGUUUUUCAAGCUUAUGACAUGUUUGUCAUUUUGAAUAACUUAUUCAUCAGUUUCUCUAGCCUUACAGAUUAGCUGUAUAAUAAUAAUGAGUAACUAAUUUAUGGGGUAACUGAAUGUACAGAAUUUUUUUUCCUUUUUCAGAGUCUCUGUUUUUUGCUGUCUAUUUAUUCAAAACACCAGAAGCUUUGUAGCAGAAUAACCCCCCCAAACUUCCCCUUUAUUCCAGUUUCUUCUACUUUUGCAGUGUUGCAUAUGGUUGCUUGUAUAUCUAUUCACACUCUUCAAGGGAAAUGAAAAUAAAGCUACUUGUACAUAUUAUUUGCUAUGUGAAUUUCCUGAAGCUUAAGUCUUUCUUUUAUCGUACUUCCAGAAGAGCCUAAAACCUCAUCUUUUCUUGAUUUGAUGUAUUAUUGAGGUCUUGAGGAAAACAGGAUGUGCAUGCUGUUGUCUUCUUUGUAAGUCACCUUUCAACAGCUCUCACUUUGCAGUUUAGUGUAUUAGUCACUGACAUGGGUAGUUGUAUUUGUACAGGAAGGUUGAAAAGUGAUGGGCAGUAUUACCUAGUGUGGGCUGUGGAGCAAAAACCGAGAAUGUGUGGGUGGCAUGCAGUGUUACCAUCUUUUGAAAAAUGGGUUGAAAAAAUGCAGGUACAUAAUGUGGUGAAAUACUCUGCUGCAGUACUUCUUGCUGUGUUCUGUACCUAUUAAAUACCCUGUCCUUUUAAAAUUACUUUUGCUUAGGUUGACUGCCUCUUCAGCCUUCAAAGAAGCUUGGUCAUUCUUUGGUCUUGAAGGCAAAAAUGAGGCCUUGGUAUCCUGUGAGGAAGACCCUUUACAGUACUGUCACAGAGUGAGCAAAUUGUGAAUGUCUCUGGGUAAUAUCCAGCAUUGGUGUGGAACUGCUCAAUUACCUCUGCUCCUAACCCUAACAGGAGCAGUAAAACUGGAGUAAGGUGUGCCAGGGCUGUUUUUUUGCAUUCUCGUGUAAAUCGAGAGCCAGGAAGAGCAAGGUAAAAGAAUGGAAUACCCUUCCAUUCUCCUUGCCCUGACUGAUAAGGGAAGGCUGGAAAACCUACAGAGCCAGCUGAUCUUCCCUCCUGUUAGGAGGGCCAGAAUGGAGUAAUCUAGGAACUGGUUUUAAGCGCAGGCAGGAGUGAAGUGAGGGUCUGUCUUAAUCACUGAAGCUCUUAACAUCUGUUGAUUUACAGUGCAAGUUUCCAUUUCCUGAGCUGCAGUAUUACUUUCUUCUGGGCCACUAGGAAACUUUAUUUUUGAGGUAUGUGGCUAGUAGUCUUAGAUUUCCACAGACUCUUUAACUCAUUUUUGAAAGAAUAGUUUUGGCCCUUGUUGUGUGUGCAGGUCAGAAACACUAAAGUAAGGAUCUACUGCAGAGCUCAGAAAAGUUCUUCGUUAGAAUGGAUCUGCAGACUGACAUUUGCAUUACAGUGAUAUCCAGACACUGCUUUGUGGAGUCCUGAGGCCAGCCGUGAAAUGAGAAUGGAGUGAGGGGCGUGAGCUUACCCAGAGCCUUUGCAGAGUUACAGACCGUGCAAGUCUCGUAUCAUCCACCAGUGUCAGAUCUGAGCACCCUGGAAACAUGAUCUCUAUCUCUGCAGUGCUUCGGGUAGUCAGAAGUUGAUGUGUGGGACUGAGACCCAGGAAGAGAUUUAUCAGUCAUGAAACGAAUUCUUCUGUUUUUUAUCCUGGCUGCUGCUGUUAUGUAUGGUAUCCUGCAUGGAAAUCUGUGGAGAAAUAACUUCUACUGGAUUAGCUUUUAUGGACAGACUUCCUCUGUGAGGGCUUCUCCUUCCUAUGUGACUAGUGGAGUUACAAUCAGUUACAAUCAGCUACCACCUACGGCUGUGGAGAGGAGGAAUGCACUGGACACUUGCCUUCUGAAACCAGCAUUUGAAUCUUUACUGGGUGUUGACAAAAUAUACCCAUUCCUGUGCGCUAAUGAUUUUAUCAGAGUGGCAGAGUUCCAAGGGAGCAAUAAGUUUGAACUACCUUAUGGAAUAAAGAGAGCAGACCAAUUUUUUCGUUUAGCCCUUUCAAGACUGCAGAACUGUGGCCUUUCGAGUGAAGAAUACAGCAUUGCCUGUCGACGGUGUGUUGUGGUCGGUAAUGGAGGAGUACUUCGAAAUAAGACAUUAGGGGAGAAAAUUGACUCAUAUGAUGUCAUAAUAAGAAUGAAUAAUGGCCCUGUGAUAGGGUACGAAGAGGAUGUUGGGAGGAGGACGACUUUCCGCCUUUCUUACCCGGAAUCUAUCUUCUCAGAUCCCAUCCACUAUGACCCUAAUACCACUAUUGUUCUCAUCGUCUUCAAGCCACGGGACUUGAAGUGGCUUUGGGAGAUACUUGGUGGUCAGAAAAUAAGUGCAAAGGGCUUUUGGAAGAAACCAGCUCUGAAUAUGAUCUACAAAUCAAGUCAAAUCAGGAUCCUUGAUCCCAGCAUCACCAGGAAAACUGCUUAUGAGUGGCUUCAUUUCCCAACAAGGUUUCCUAAGAAGGAGAAACCCAAGCAUCCAACAACGGGGCUAAUUGCCAUUACACUGGCAUUUCACAUAUGCCAUGAAGUCCACCUGGCAGGCUUCAAGUACGACUUCACCGACAAAAAUAGUUCUUUGCACUACUAUGGCAAUGAAACCAUGUCUCAGAUGAUGCAGAAUGAGUACCACAACAUCACUGCUGAACAGAAAUUUUUGAAGAAGCUUAUAGACAAGAACUUUGUGGUCAAUUUGACGUGAAAGCUGAAUGGAAAAUACAAAGAACAGUCACUAUUUUCAAGAUUUGAAAAAUUUUUAUUUUUUGUAUGACAUUUUUAUUUUUUAAGUGCAGCAUAACUGUUUACUCUUUAAAGGAGCCCAGAAAACUCAUCAAGGCAAAAGCUUCUAAGCUUCUAAGGAUGAUGGACUAUUGCAAACAGAGUUAACUGAAUUUCUGUGAAGCUAUUUAAUAGUGGGAAAACCAUGAAACUUUCAACUGAAAGCAUCAGGGAUAUAUAAAAAUGUGAUGCACAUCACUUACUUAUCAGUGAGAACUCUUUCCAAAUCAUUAAUGCUCUGGAAUACUUUUGUUGCUGAUGCUGUCCUCCAAAAGGGUUCCAACUGUCAAGAUAACUGGGAUGACCAGUGUUCAAUCAGUAAGAUGGAUGUAAAGUUGACUGUCUGUCUUGUUGUAUGAAAAUGGUUUUUAAACUAUGCAUCUACAUCAUUACUGUGUGUUUUGGAGAAGGGGGAACAUACACACUGUACAUGUCUUGUUCUUCCAUACUCCUGAGGAGAAUAGCCUUCAGCCAAGAAGCCACAGCUUCUGCACUGACCAUCUGCUCUGAACUUCUGUCUGCCAUUGUCAAAGGUGAAGACCCUUUGUCCGAUUUGUGGAGAUGUUGGUGUUGACAAUGCUUGAGUUGUACCCAUUUUAUGCAAAAUCAUACACUCUCUGCUGUGCAUCCAGUAAAUUUUACAGUUGCUGAGUUGACUUUUAAAGAGGGAAUAUGAAGACUGAAGGGCUGUCCAAACUACCUUCAUGUCAGCCUCCAGACCACAGCAGAAACACAAGCUUGUACAAAGAAGUUCAUGAGUUUAGAGUCAAUGCUUGUUGGAGUCAGUUCUCCAGGACAGGCUCUCAUGUAUUUUUUUGUUUGUUCCUCAAAAACAAGUGGAUUUUCACAAGCGAGGUCAGUCUCCUUCCUCAGAUGCUGUAACUCAUCAAUACAAGCAAGGAAUACUCCCAUUUUUGGCAGUAGAGUGCAGUAGGGAAUACCCAGGAUGUACCUCAGCUGAAUUAUCAUUUGGCAUCUGUUUACCUCUUCUGUCUUGAUAUUUAAGUUUGAGGUGUGGCGAAUAGUGCGAACUUGAGAUUUUAAUUGAAACAUUUAAUGGAAUGUUUGUUUCCUGUAUUGGUUUGUCUCUGACAAGCCUGUGAAUAAAUGAAAUCUGUAUGGGAAGGCACUUGACAACUGUCAAAGAACAUCAAUAUGCUGUUCCAGUUCUCUCACAGGACAUUUAUAUAAAGUUUUUAUUUUAUUUAUGGCAGAAUUUCUGGAAGAUUUUGUGGUUAUCUUUAUCAAUCACACCUGAAGAACACACAAAUAAGUUCACUUAAAAAAAGUCCUUGAAGUUGGUAGGAAUACCAUUGUUGCUUUUAAAUAAAAUUAUAUAGAGAGUACAUUUAGGAGUAAUGCAAACAAUUGCAAUAUGAACAUAAACCAUGGUAUUUAUUUUCAGAAGCUGAGGAAGAGUAAGAACAUAAGAGUACUUAUGUUCUUGUAAGUACUACUUGCAAGAGUACUGAACAUAAUUUAUUUUGCUGCAGCUAUAUAGAGUAAUAACCAUUGAAGAAACGAAAGAGUAAUCUUUCUUGUAGGGUGCAGUAGGUAUUAAAAAAACCCCCAAAAAACUGGCAAAACUAAAAACAUCUUCCAUAGUUCUCAUUUCCAGCUUUAGCUCCUUGGCUCUGCCAUUUGGGAAUCAGGGAGGGCAGUAUGGUUUGGAGAGGUGCUACAGCCGAAGGGGGGGAAGCUUGUGCUUUCACCCAGUGAUUGCUGAGCUUUGGUCUGUUUCAAGCAAGCUGGACAUACCUAAAAUAACUCGAGACGUCAGAAAAAUCUGUGGUAUGGGGUGGGGAAGGAUGCAGGUGUGUCCGAGCAAGGGACAGGGUAUGCCAUGGUGUCUUGUCUGCCGUGUGUCCCUUGGGUACAGCUGCACUCCAGCUGUGUGCAGGGUGGCAGGUGGGAGUGUGGAGGAGAUGGGAGUGUGUGGCAGGUCCUGGGGCACUGGAACCGGUGACUCUGGUGGUGGAAAUGGAAGAAAGCACAAUUUCUUCAUGAGCUGGCAGAAGUACUCUUAAUUUUUUGUAUUUCCUUUAUUUUUUCCUCAGACUCUGAAGAGAUCUUUGCUUGAAAAUCUGAAUACAAACAGGUGGGGUUUCACUUAAGGAAAUAGUGACAGUGUUGUAUUUAUUUCUCCUGGUUAUUUCAGUUAAUGAAAGGGUUUGUGUGUGAUUCUGCAGCCCCAGACUUAACAGUGAUUUGAACUCCUGACAGUAGUAAUUCUUCCUGCAAAAGCUGCUGUGGCAAGGCUUUUUGCAGACAUAACAGUGUUCUCCAAGCUCUUGUUGCAGAGGAGCCCCUGUUAGAUCUUUGUGUUGAGAGCCAAGGCCAGUAGAAGUGGAGGGCAGCCCUUCACCAUCAAAAUCCUCAGUUGCUUCCAGAGCUGAGGCCCCCAGCUCUCCCAGUGGCUGCUGCCAUGGUCCAGCUGCAUCCAUGUAACAUCUUGCAGGAUGCCUGACCAGGAGGUUUUUUUGGUUUUUUUUUUUAACCAGGAGAGCUGUUGAAUUUGUUCCAGACACUGUGAGGAGAGUUCUUGUGAUGGUGCAGGCUGUAUCCCUCUGCUUCUUCAGUUCCAGGAAGUGGGUACGGAGGUCUGCUUUUGAAGAUGUGCUUAUUUUCUCUGCUCUGUUUUAUCUCAGAGAUACUCUUCCCACUAAUCUAAACAAUUUCCUUCUCCAUUUUUUCUAGUAGAUUUUUUGCUUUUUGUGGGAAAGAUAGGAUUUGUAUUCUAGCUGUAGUAGAACAAACAAAAUAAUUGAAAAUAAAAAAGCAGCUUCAUGGCAAGCAAAUGGUGUCUCCCAAUCUCUUUGUACUUAAAAACCCUUUAGUCUUUUUUACUUUUGCCACAUCAUCUUUUUGAUCUCCCUAAAAUAUUUUUAAAUAAUGUUUGAUGUUCUCAAAUUAAUAUGUUCUCUACAAGUGUUUAUAUCAGCUGUUUCUUUUUAUAUCCUAAUAAGCCUUCCUAUUGUAUGACUGACUUAUUUUUCAGUUAAACAGUAUUUCCAGUUUCUCCCCUUUCUGUGCUCCUGCCAGGGGUGUUGAGUCCACCACAGUUAUUGUCCCAGGGUACUGGGUAACAUUUUGAAUGAAACCUGUUUCAGGAUCAAGCCAACAGCUGAUGUUGUUGAUAAACCAUGGGGUAUUUUUGGUUUUUUUUUUUUUUUUUUUAAAGCCCAGCUUGCAGGCCAGUAGCUUUUGUCCUCAGUAAUAAGCAGUGAGCCAAGUAAUGAAUUUUCUCCCCACAGGAUGUUUUGUAGGAUCCUGUGUAGAGCAGCCCUGUUCCACUACCUGCUUCACACACAUCAUUCCUGCUACUCUGCCUCGAGGACAGGUCUUGCUUUGGCAUUAGCUUCAUUCAGGCAGGAAUGCGUAUGUGUAGUGUAUUUCUCGGCAGUGCUCACAGAUUAGUUUCUCUUCUGUCUGGGCACAUUUACACAGGUGUUUUACAGUACCAAAGACUUGACUUAGGGCUUUUAGAAAAAUGCAAUAAUGCUAACACCAAAUAUUUAGAUAGUUUCUGAGCAUGAGCUACUAUUAAGACAUUUUUUUCCUUUUUGCCAUUCCUGAGAAUGAAGUCUCUGCACUGAAAUGUCCCUUUAAAAGCUGUGUAUUUUUUUAUCAUAUCAGGAGUGAAGCUGCUGGUUUUAUUUCUGUGUCUGAUAACGGUGUAACUGUGUAGGUCCCUAGUGUCUCCGUUAUUUUUCUAUCUGAAGUCAGAUAUUCUCCUCCCUUCUUACUCUGUUCCUGUCCUCUGACAGCCUGCUGAAUUUGUAGACAGCAUCAUCUUACAGCAAAGGUGCUUCUGCAUUUUAUCUGCCACCCCUCUCAAAAUGCCGCACUGUCAGAAAGACACAGCUCAAAGAUACCAAACUGUGCACAGAACAGGCAGGAUGACACAUGUCAGCUGAAAGCUCUGUUUGGCUCAGACUUUCAGGAAGUUUCUUCGCUGGGAAGCUGUUUUUUCCUCUGCUGUAUAUAAUAAAGUCACAGACUAUUGCACUAAACAUGAAUCUGAGAGUGCCUAAAAGAUGUUAUUAAAUGACAUUUCCAGUGACUAGAUAGAUGAUAAUAAUACAUAGUCACAACUCUGGCGUUUAAUCUCAUUUCUAAUGACAUGCUUUCCUUUUUAGCAGUGCUCUGGGGGAGAGUGUAAACACCUUCACUUUUAAGUGGACUCUGAUUUUUAAGAACAUACGAAGCUCAACGUACAUUUUUGGUGUUGGGAAAGACCCAGUUGCCAUUUGUCUUAAGUUUUAUAUGCCUUUAAAGUACCACUUGUAUUUUGAAGAGUUCUUAGAGUUGUUUCAAGUGAAAUUUUGAAUGCUCUGUAUGGAAUGAGAAUAUUUUCCUGCAAAUAAACUGUUAAAGACAGUG